AUGGAUACUAACGAAGAAGAACGCGAAAAAGGAAAGACUGUUGAAUGUGGGCGUGCUUAUUUUGAAACUGAAAAGAAGCAUUUUACAAUUUUGGAUGCACCCGGGCACAAGAGUUUUGUGCCAAACAUGAUCAGUGGAGCUACUCAAGCCGAUUUGGCUGUGCUUGUCAUCUCUGCGCGAAAGGGAGAAUUUGAGACGGGAUUUGAUCGUGGUGGUCAAACGAGAGAACAUGCUAUGUUGGUGAAGACCGCUGGUGUUCGCCAUCUUGUCAUUCUUGUCAACAAAAUGGAUGAUCCGACUGUCAAGUGGGACGAAGCUCGGUUUAACGAAAUUCAAAGUAAGCUCACUCCAUACCUUCGCAAAUGUGGUUUCAAUCCUAAAACUGAUAUGACAUACAUUCCCGUUUCUGGAUUGACAGGAGCAUUCAUCAAGGAUAGGCCAUCGUGUGACCAAGGAGGAUGGUAUAGCGGUCCAUGCUUUAUCGACUAUAUUGAUCAUAAUCUUGUUUCAAUGGCUCGCGACUAUAAUGGCCCAGUUCGAUGCAUUGUGGUCGAUAAAUUCUCCGACAUGGGAACCCUAAUCAUUGGUAAAAUGGAGUCAGGUGUGGUUAUCAAAGGGCAGAAUCUAGUAUGUAUGCCAAAUAAGCAACCUGUUCAAGUAAUCCAAAUUUGGUCAGACGAUGUUGAAAUGGAUCGAGUAGUGUCUGGAGAUAACGUGAAGUUCAAAUUGAAAGGAAUCGAAGAAAAUGAGAUUCAGUCUGGAUUCAUUAUCUGUUCACCAGACGCCCUCUGCAAAGUUGGACGUGUGUUUGAUGCAGAGGUAGUGUUUUCUCUUCUUCAUCUUUACUGUUAGUG